UAUUUCGUUAUCCUUUUUAAUCAUCCCAAUAAAAUCCUCUUAUCUCUCUUAAGACUCCGAAAUCUCACAUAUAACUUUAAACAACGAAAAUGUAUGGUAUACAUCUUUAACACCUCCACCACAAACGCCCUAUAUCAUUCUUUACUCACCAAAACAAAAUCCAUUCUAUCACUUAUAUCCUACAACAACUUAAUCAAACACAAAACCUCUGAUUUCAGACCCCUUUUAAUCAUUUUUAAUCCCUGUCAAGCACUCAAUUCUGAUUUGACCCCUUAUACCUCUAAAUCAAACUUUUCACUCUUACUUGCCUGUCCGCUUGAUCCAAUAAUAUGGUUUUAAUCACAAAAAUCUCCAAUAUCUCUCUUUUUCAUUCUUAAUCCCCUCAUUUAUCCCAAAAAACUCUUCGAAAUUUUCUAAUAGAUCAUCCGUCAUCCUCUUCAUGUCUUUUUAACCCUCGCCAAAUCCAACGAUUUCGCUCAGUUUAUUCCUUUGCCCAAUAAAACACAACGCAAUAUGUCUCUAAAAAUCUCCGUUAUCUCUUUGUUUAUCGAUGAUAUAUCCCCUCUCUAGAGGAAAUACCACAAAUCAUACCUCUUAACCUCCUAAUCCUCCCAAAUCUGUACGAUAACUCAGCUACCAUAAUAUCCCUAUUAAUCACUUAAAAACCCAUUAUACACUUUAUCACCAAAUUUGCCUCCUAUUCAAUAUCAUUUGGAUCAAAUUAAUCAGUAAAAAUCCCUUCAUA